AUGGGAGAAACUUACAUCAAUUCCCUGGACCCUGAAAAGCUAAUACAAUGCCCCUAUGAUAAAAACCACCAGAUUAGGGCCUGCAGGUUUCCUUAUCAUCUUAUCAAGUUCAGAAAGAAUCAUCCUGAUGUCGCAAACAAAUUGGCUACUUGUCCCUUCCAUGCGUGUCACCAGGUUCCCCUAGCCGAAAUCAGUCAUCCUAUCUCCAGCUGUGAUGAUAGAAGUUGUAUUGAGCAGGAUGUUGUCAACCAAACCAGGAAUGUUGGACAAAAGACUCUGGCUGAGAGCACGUGGCCGUGCCCUCCUUGCGAUGAAGACUGGGAUAAAGAUCUGUGGGAACAGAACAGCACCCCAUUUGUCUGGGGCACAGCCAACUACUGUGGCAACAGCCCUGUAAGCAACAUGGUUAUGGAACAUAAGAGUAACCUGGCUUCAGGCAUGCGUGUUCCCAAGCCUCUGCCGUAUGUUCUGCCAUGGAAAAACAAUGGAAAUGCACAGGAACUGAACAUCUCAUCAAAUGCCAGACCCUAGAAGACUCUUGCUUCUUCC